AUGUCUCGUCCAGACGGCUUCAUCCAGCCAUACGCCCCAGUCGCACAGGACCCCUACACGCCCCCGCCGCCCUCUGCGCUCCACUCCCAGCACCAUCACAGUCAGAGUGAGCAGCAUCACCAGCAGUCGCCAUACCAGGAGAAUCAGAGAGACGACGCGUUCUUUCUGUAUAAAGAGGCCAAGGGUGAGAUCAUCAUGAACAACAAUAAUCUGGACGGGGGUGUCCCUCCGCUGUUUACCAAGUGGCAGAGGGUGUACAUGAUUAUAGCUACUGCCGAAGCUGUCAUCAUUUUUGGACUGUCUUCCACCAUCUUCGGUCUCGUCAAUGUGGAAGAAACGGAUACCAGGACGCGGACUCUGCCAGUAUACCUAUCCAUAUUCCUGCUCGCUCAAAUAUUCGCUCUCCUCUACGUCUUUGACGCCCUGAGAGCCCGUAACGUAGUCCAAGCGAUACAGUUGAUUCUCCACCUCUGUCUCAACUUUAUGCUCUUCCUAUACGCCAUCCUGCAGAUCCCACAAACCAGGAUCGCCUUAAGAGACGCACACGAAGACAACGCUGAAUGUGGGCACUUCGAAAAUUGCAUCGGCCCACACUCCCUCUGGAACGUCGUCCUCCCCUUACUCAUCAUACCCGUCAUCAUCUUCACUUUCGCCAUCAUCGCUUUUGGCACGUUGGUCCGCCGAUUGGCUGAUGAGUUUGGAUGGGAUGUGUAUCGAUAUACUGGAGCGUCCACCGAGAUCAAGCACAUGUUGAGGGCGUAUCAGACAUUGGUUUCGUUGCUGAAGCUCAUGCUGUUCUUCGCCACGGCUUUCUGCAUCGCAUACCUCAUCCUCAUAACGGCUUGGGAUUCCAAGAAAGCUGAGUUUAUUGUGACAGUCAUCGCCCUACCUCUCCUUUUCAUCCUUGUAUUGGCUUGUGGCUGGGCUCUGCGCGAAGAGAACAAGUUUGUAAUGUCAGCGAUCCUGGUGCUCAUGGUCGCAGGCAUGGCCUACUUCAUCUACAAAUUAUCAACCCUCUGGCUCCCCCGCACCUCCUCCCUCUACAUAAACACCCGCAUCACCAUGGCCAUCCUCUCCAUCUUCGCCAUCCUCAUCCUCUUUGUCACAUUCAUCUACGGCAUCAUCUGCAUGAGUAACUUUGGGAAAGGCUUGAGGGGGGUGCAUGAUAAUCCGAGGAAUAAGAUUAGUGUUUUGAGUUGCUUGCCUAGUGGGAAGGGGGGGUGGGAUGGGGAGGGGGAGUUGAGGGAGGAUGGGGAGGGGCAGGCUGGGUAUGGGCAUGGGUAUGGGCAGGGAGGGAGGAGGUUUGAGAUUGCGUGA